CCGGGGGGAGGGGAGGCUGCAGGAAGCGGCGGAUCCGGCGGCGACGGCCGUGGCGGUGGCCGGGGUGGCCCACUCCUCCCGCCAUGGAGAGCGCAGCGGCCCAGGAGCCCCGGGGCGCCGAGGCCCCACGCCCGUCCGCGCCCCCUCCUUCGCCCGCGGAGCCCCCAGCCGCGCCCCGCGCCCGCCCGCGCCUGGUCUUCCGCACGCAGCUGGCGCACGGCAGCCCCACGGGCAAAAUCGAGGGCUUCACCAACGUCCGCGAGCUCUACGCCAAGAUCGCCGAGGCCUUCGGGAUCGCGCCCACAGAGAUCUUAUUCUGUACCCUAAACAGCCACAAAGUGGACAUGCAGAAACUCCUGGGCGGCCAGAUAGGGUUGGAGGACUUCAUCUUUGCCCACGUGCGCGGCGAGACCAAGGAGGUGGAGGUCACUAAGACCGAAGACGCCCUGGGACUGACGAUCACAGACAAUGGGGCCGGCUACGCCUUCAUUAAGAGGAUCAAGGAGGGCAGCAUCAUCAACCGGAUCCAGGCGGUGUGCGUGGGCGACAGCAUCGAAGCCAUCAACGACCACUCCAUCGUCGGCUGCCGUCACUACGAGGUGGCCAAGAUGCUCCGGGAGCUGCCCAAGUCCCAGCCCUUCACCCUGCGCCUGGUGCAGCCCAAGAGAGCCUUCGACACCAUUAGCCAGAGAACCAGGAGCAGCAAAAGCCCCAUGGAAGCAAAAGUGACCAGUGGGAGGGAGACCCUGCGUCUUCGUUCUGGGGGGGCUGCCACAGUGGAGGAAGUGCCCAGCGAAUUUGAGGAGGAGGCGUCUCGGAGGGUGGACGACCUGCUGGAGAGUUACAUGGGCAUUCGGGACCCAGAGCUGGGUAAGGCGCCAGGCAUCCACCAUGGUAGACACGUCCAAGAAGACGCGGAGCGUCCAGGAGUUUGCGCACCGUUUAGACUCCAUCUUGGGCGAGUUUGCCUUCCCGGACGAAUUCGUGGUGGAGGUGUGGGCGGCCAUCGGCGAGGCCAGGGAGGCCUGUGGCUAGUCUGCUCCCGGGCGGAGCGCAGCCCCAGCCCAGAGCCCAGCCCCCUGCCCCAGGCCUCCUGGCCAGUUCCCGAAGUCCAGCUCUGCACCAGAGCCCAGCCCAGAUCUGAGACCCAGCCUUACUCUAGAGCCCAGGCCAGCUCUGGGACCGAGUUUACUUCCAGAACCCCUGCCAGUUUCAAGACCAAUCCCAGCUCUGAGGCCAAGCCCUACUCUAGACUCCACGCCAGCUCUGAGGCUCAGUUCAUCUCUGGAAUCCAAUCCCCUUCUGAGACCCAACCCAGCUCAAGAACCCAGCCCCCCUCCAAUGCCCCGGCCAGUACUGAGAGCAAGUUCACCUCUAGAACCCCUACCAGUUCUGAGACCAAGCCCAGCUCUGAGACCAAGCCCUGUUCUAGACCUCAGGCCAACCCUGAGACAAAGUUCAUCGCUAGAAUGCAAUUCAGUUCUGAGACCCAACCCAGCUCCCAAACCCAGCCCUUUCCUAGAACCCAAGACAGCUCUGAAGCUAAACCAAGCUUGGAGAUCAAGUUAAGGUCUGGAGCCCAGAUAAGUUUUGAGACACAGCCCAGCUCUGAGAUCAAGCCCAGUUCUGGAAGCCAGCCCAGAUCUAUGACCAAGACCUGCCAUAAAACUCAAUCUGAUGUUGGAACUCAAGACGAGCCCAUGACUCAGCCGCACCUGGACACCCGGUCUAGCGCAGGAACUCCCAGUCGUUCUGGAGCCCAGGUCAGAUUCAAGAAACAGGCCAGCAACAGUAGCCACACUAGCCCAGGAUCGGAAGAUGGCUCCCAAGCCCAGCCCUGCACACAAGCCCAGAUGCGAGCUGCCCCUUGGGCUGCACCUGGAUCCCAGCGCUGCUCUAAAACUCAACUGCACACAAGUCCCCACCCCCACCCUGGGGCCUGGUCCGGUUCCAGCGAGGAGUCCAGCACAGAGACUGAGUCCCGUUCUAGACUCCAUCCUAGUGCUACAACCAGGUCCCUCUCCAGAAUUCAGACAAGCUCUGGAACCCCAUCCAUUUCGGAGGCAAGGCCUGCCUCCAGAGCUCAGCUUGACGCCGAGUGCCGCUCUCACUGCAGAACGCAGACCAGCUCUAGAAUGCUGUCCAACUCUGGUACCCAGACCACUUUCAAGACCUGGGCAAUUUCCAGAGCUCAGUCCAGUUCAGGCACUCCACCCAGCUCCAGAACUCAGCUCCAUUCCGAAGCACAGACUGGGUCUGAAAUCCCAUCCAGCUCCCAAACACAGUCAGUUGCUGAGACCCCACUGAGUUCCAGAAUCCAGCGGAACUCUGGAAUCCGGUCUAGCCUUGGGACCCAGACCAAUGCAGCAACAGACUUAAGUUCCACAAAUCUUUCUAGCUCUGAAAGCAGGCCCAGCUCCAGAACCCAGACUUGUCCAGGAGCUCAGUCAACCUCUGGGACUCAGCUCAUCUCAGAAACCCAACCAGCUAGAGACCAGCUCCAGGCCACAGCCCAGGGCAGCUCUGGUGUUAAGCUGGACUUUGGGAAGCAGAGAAGUUCUGGAGCUCAGCCAAGCUGUCGGGCCCAGACAAGUUCAAGAAUUCACCCCAGCUCUGGAACCCAGCCCAGCUCCAGGAUUCACUCCAGCCCUGAGACUCAGCCCAACUUGGAAACCCAGAGUGAUUCCAGAACCCACCCUGUUUCUGAAACCCAACACAGCUCUAGAACUCUGGUCAGUUCUGGAACCCAGCUCAGGCCUGAGACCCAGCCCAACUCUGGAACCCAAAGCAGUUCACAAACUCAGCCCAGCUCUGGAACUUACCUUAGUUCCAGAAGCCAGCCUGUUUCUGGAACCCAGUCCAGCUCUAGAGCCCAGACCAGUUCUGGAACCCAGCUUAGCUCCAAGACCCAGCCCAGCUCUGGGACCCAGAGCAGUGUAAGAAUUCAACCCAGCUCUGGAACCCAGCUUAGCUCUGGAAUUCAAUCUGGCCCUGAGACCAGGCUCAACUCUGAGACCCAGCUCCGUCUCAGGAUUCAGUUUAGCUCUGAGCCACAGCCCAUCUCUGGAAGCCAGCCCAGUUCAAGAAUGCAGCCCAGCUCUGGAACUCACCUCAGUUCUAGAAUCCAGCCUCUUUCUGGAACUCAACCCAGCUCUAGAACCCAGACUAGUUCUGGAAGCCAGCCCAGCUUUGCAAGAAUUCAACCCAGCUCCGGAGCCCAGCUCAGCUCAAGAACCCAGUUUAUCUCUGAGACCGGGCUCAGUUCUGAGAUUCAGCUCAGCUCUGAAACCCAAGCCAGCUCCAGAGCCCUGAUCAGUUCUGGAACCCAGCUCAGCACUGGAGCCCAGGCCACCUCAGAGACCCAGCCCAGUGUAAGAAUUCAACCCAGUUCUGGAACCCAGCUCAGCACUGGAGCCCAGGCCACCUCAGAGACCCAGCACAGUGUAAGAAUUCAACCCAGCUCUGGAGCCCAGCUCAGCCCUGAGACCCAGCCCAGCUCUGGAACCCAGAGCAGUUCAAGAACUCAGCCCAGCUCUGGAACUUACCUUAAUUCCAGAACCCAGACUGUUUCUGGAACCCAGUCCAGCUCCAGAACCCAGACCAGCUCAAAGAUCCAGCUCAGCUCUAGAAAUGGACUGCACCUACAGACGCCUGGCCUUGACCCUAGAACCCAGGCUGACCUCAUUCCCCCAGCCCAACAUCAGCCCCCGGGCUCACCAUCCAGAGUCCUGACUCUGGCCCCUAGCACAGUCGCUCAGCUGCAGCCCCAGCCCCAUGAUCUGGUACAUGGAACGCAGGCCAACACUGGCCUGGGCCAUAGCUCAUCAACUCCCCACCUGGCCCCACAGCCACAGGUCCCGUCAGUCCUCCAGAAACCAGCCCUCUUCCCCAAGCCCCAACUAGGACCCCAGAAAUCCACCCCACCCACCCUAUCUAUCAUCUCUAGUUCCGCCCCCAGGGUGGCCCUCCUGCAUUCCCAGCCCCCUGCAUCCCUAGCCCAGAGGCCUGUCCCCUCCCCCACACUCAAAGAGUCAGGGCCUGCUCCUUGGGGGUCAGGGCCCCUUCCCCACCAAGGGGAGCUGUAGCUUGAGGGUGACACAGUUUUGGCUUCCAUGAUCCCCCCAUCCAGUCUCCUGCCCCUUCCAGCCUACGUCCCCUAGAAGCAGCAGGCCACCUCAUUCCCCCAGCAGGUAGGGGUGGGGGGAGUAGGGAGAGUGGAAACAGGGGCUUUAGUUUCACUUGGGCCUGGCUCUGGGAGGUGUAAGCAGAUCCCAGGUCUGUGGAGUGGAAAGUGGUUGGGGGGGCACAGGCAGGAGGUGGAGAAAUGGGGAACAGGAGGCAAUUUUGUCCUCAUGUACCUCGAGGGCUCGUGGAGAAUAAAGGCACCUCUUUCACCUU